AUGGCAUCUCAAUUACUACCUCUCGAACUCAUUGAUCGAUGCGUUGGGCACCCCAUUUGGGUCAUCAUGAAGGGCGACAAAGAAUUUAGCGGCAACUUGCUCGGUUUCGAUGAUUUCGUCAAUAUGGUGCUCGAGGAUGUGACCGAAUAUGAUCGCACCAACAAAGUCGAGAAAAAGUUGCCCAAGAUCUUGCUGAAUGGCAACAAUAUUUGCAUGGUACGUCGCACGGCACCACAUUUCGUAUCCUAG